AUGGAUGAGAAGUUCGAAAAAUUCCUUGUGCGGCUGAGAAAUCAGGCAGAGAAAUGCGUAUUUAGCAAAACCGAAGAAAACAUUAUAAACCAAAUCGUUGAAAAAUGCAGCUCAUCUGACCUUCGGAAGAAAAUAUUAACAAUUGGAGACUCCAUCUCAUUAGAAAACAUUGUUGCUGAAGCAAAUGCAUUGGAAGCAGUAUCAAGACAAAUGGAAGAAUUUGCUGAAAAGAAAACAGGCAUUGAAGUGAACCAAAUAAACAAUAACACCAAAAAAAAAUUUAGAGCCUCAGAGAUAAAAUCAUGUUUUCGUUGUGGCUCAAAAGGCCACAUUUCUUUUAACUGUCCAGCAAGAGAGAAAAUUUGCAAGAAAUGCGGCUACAAAGGACACUUCAGCGAGCAGUGCAGAACUAAGCCGGGGAAAAGAAGAACACACUAUGAGAGCACAACGGUAAGAAAUCAAGAUACAGAGAGCCAGACAAGGACGACGACGAUCACAACACAAACUAUGUGUUCCACAUUGACAAUGAUUGUGACAUAUUAUGUAUGA